UGUUAGUAAUUUUUUAUUAAUAAACAUUAAAUGAUGUCGGGUCCCAAGGAGCUGAGUUUCGACGAAAUCCUCAAAUAUAUGCUGGAACAUAAUGGGAGGGUUACCAAUCGUGAAUUAGUGAAACAUUUUAAAGUUUUUCUUAUGAAUCCGGAUAUGAGAGAUGAAGCCAGAACCACAUUUAAAAAACAUGUAAACUCCUUAACAUUAAUAAAGAAUCAAAACAAUGAGAAAUGGUUGAUACUUAGAAAGAAAUAUAUGCCCAACAGUGGCAAAGAAAAUGAGGAGGAAAGUAAACCUUUAGAGCUGACAGCUGUUAACACAGCUGAAACUGUUUCCCAUCAAGACACAAACAUACCAACUCAUCCCCUUCCUGUGCAACUUAACCAAGAUUUCAAUGUUUUGUCUUCUAUAAUUCAAGAUACUGUAACAUUACGAAACAAGGCAGAAGUAAGAGAAAGUAGCUCAAAGGAUAUAUUUGCGAGUCCCUUGAAAGAUAGCCUAGUAUCUCCCUUAAAGGAUAGCUUACUAAGCCCUGCUAAUGAUAGUAUAGAAUAUCCUUCAGAAGAUAUUCCGCCUAAAGUGUAUCCAAGAAGAAAAUCAUCUGACAAGACUGGCAGUGAAAAAAAACCAAGUGUAAACCAAGGAGGACAACUGUCUUCAAUAUUGAACCAAGAGAAUGUAUCAGAAGCACCGAUAUUGACAUCAUGUCGUAGCGAAAGCAUGCUAGUUGAUAACGAACAAAAAAUAUCCGUAAAAGAGAGAAAACAAAUGUUUAAUAAAAUGGCUUCGGAAAGUGAUGUCCUGAAAGUGAACAAAAUGAGCACCUACAAUAUGCAGGGCGUGGAAGAAGAAGACAGGGUGUCGUUAGAUCAGAAAAGCGAAGUGGAUCCUUUAGAUUUGAAGCAGAAGCAGUGGAUCAUGUGUGCCGCACGGGGGGAGUAUCACGCUCUGGCCAAAAUGUGCAAGGAAAACGCGAAACUUGCAAAAACCAAGGUGAUAGUUAGCGCCAGGAAUGAGCACAUGCCCAAAAGGUGUUCAUCUAAUUGGGUCUUGGGGUGCUCGCCGGCGCCGAGCGCUCGCCCCCCGCCGUAA